AUGGGUUGGGACGAGACAGUCAACGUGGUGUACCUCGUUAAAACUAGAGUGAUUCGUGUGCGAGGGUGUUUGAAAAUGGGCGGCGUCGGGAGUGGACGGGUGUGUGGCUGCAGCCGCUUCUUCCCGUCUUUCAUGUUCCCGGCAGACGUCUCACCACUCGGGUCGGCGGCUGUCACGGGAGCUCCACAAUACCGGUGCGGUGCAACUUGA